AUGGCACUCUCCCUCUCCAGUUUCCUUACGGCGAGUAUCCUCCUCUUGACCUCGUUUGUUGCCGCAGAAACACGCACCUACGAUUUUUCCAUUGGUUGGGUAAUUAGAAACCCUGAUGGACAGAAAGACCGACCAGUAAUCGGUAUCAAUGGCGAAUGGCCAAUUCCCAAAAUCGAGGUUAACAUCGGUGACCGGCUGGUGGUGAAUGUGAAGAAUGACCUGGGAAACCAGUCAACUUCGCUUCACUGGCAUGGCAUGUAUCAGAACGGCACAAACCACAUGGAUGGAGUCGCUCAAGGAACCCAGUGUCAGAUUGCUCCUGGGGCUUCAUUCACUUAUAACUUCACAAUUAACCAGCCUGGGACGUAUUGGUACCACUCUCAUGUUGGUGGACAAUAUCCCGACGGACUUCGCGGUCCUCUCAUUGUUCAUGACCCAAAGAACCCAUAUGAAGACCAAUUCGAUGAAGAACUGAUUUUGACCUUGUCGGACUGGUACCAUGAGCAGAUGCCACCUUUGAUCGCCAAAUUCCUGAGUGUCACCAACCCUACCGGCGCCGAACCAGUACCUCAAUCUGCCUUAAUGAAUGAUACCCAGGGUCUACAAAUUCUAAUCCAACCUGGCAAGACAUAUUUCCUACGUAUUGUCAACAUGGCUGCUUUUGCAGCACAAUACUUCUGGAUCGAUGGGCAUACCUUUCGUAUCAUUGAAGUUGAUGGUGUCUAUCAUGAGCCUGCAGAGGCUAGCUUGCUCUACAUCACAGCUGCGCAGCGCUAUGGUGUCCUCCUGACAACUAGGACUGAGACGGAUGUCAAUUUUGCCAUUAUGGGUUCCAUGGACCAGGAUCUUUUCGAUCAGAUCCCGGAUGGCCUCAACCCAAAUGUCACAUCGUAUCUGGUCUACGACGACUCAUUGCCGAUGCCAGAGGCGGCUGAAAUUGCAGAGUUUGAACCAUUUGAUGACAUGGAACUCGUUCCUACGGAUGGCGAGGAACUAUUACCCGAUCCGGAUCUUGUCGUCCAGCUAGAUGUCUUGAUGGACAAUCUGGGUGAUGGUGCCAACUACGCUUUCUUCAGCGGCAUCACCUAUGUCGCUCCCAAGGUUCCUUCGCUGUAUACGGCACUUAGCGCUGGAGAAUUUGCCACCAAUGCAAGUGUCUACGGGACCAACACCAACUCUUUCGUCCUGGAUCACCACAGCGUCGUGGAGAUUGUUCUUAACAACCAGGACCCCGGUAAACAUCCUUUCCAUCUGCACGGCCACGCGUUCCAGACAAUCCUCCGUGGCGAGGAAGAAUCGGGAGACUUCGACCCAGAAUCCGUAGCCAAUGGCUCGGUGGUGUAUCCCACCACGCCCAUGCGACGAGAUGUCAUCCUUGUCAGGCCAAAUGGCCAUAUCGUCAUGCGUUUCAGGGCCGAUAAUCCUGGUGUCUGGGUCUUCCAUUGCCACAUCGAGUGGCAUGUUGAUUCUGGACUGAUUAUGACUUUCGUCGAGGCCCCACUCGUCCUCCAAGAAACCCUCACCAUCCCAGAAGACCACUUCGCCGCGUGCGCAGCCGUCUCACCGCCGGUACCCACGAUCGGCAACGCCGCCGCCAACACGGAGGACUACCUCGACCUUACAGGCCAGAACAUGCCUUCAGGACCGCUCCCCAGCGGAUUCAAGGCCAAGGGCAUCGUAGCACUAACCUUCAGCAUCAUCGCCGGCUUACUCGGCGUCGCUGUCAUCGCCUGGUACGGUUUCGGCGAGAUGAGCCAGAUCGAAAAGGAUAGGCAAGUCUCCCACGUUCAGCAUAUCGCUGCGGAUCGGGGCGUGGUGAGUAGAUCCAACACCGACGCGUCUGGUCUCCUCGCUGGGGAUGCUGCGAAUGGUGGUGCCGCGAGCGACACGAUCAGCUCCGUCGCGAGAUAA